AUGUCUGAGGAUGAACUGGACAAACUUCCCUUUAAAGUUGCAUUUAUUGUCUUAGGACAGUAAAAAUUAUUAGUUAUACCUAACUUUUCUGUUUACUCCCUUUCACCUAAGAAUCGAUUAGCUUCACAAGAUUAAGACGAUCAAUUUUAAGGUUAUAUGUGA